UCAUUGAUUCGUUGUUCGUGAGUCUGGCCCGCUAAAACCAAAAGGAACACCGGGUUAACCAUUCUUGAUGUAGAAAAGUGAACGGCAGCUGGGAAGCUAAACGACGGCGUGGAGUGAUGAUAUUGGAGGAGAUGUUCUUCUGCAGCAGCAGUAGCAGUAGCCAGCAGCUUCAACCAUUUGAAAAUCCUUCUUCCAAUCUACUCCUUCUCUCUGGCCCUCCUUCUUCUGGGAAGACUUCUCUUCUUUUCCAAUUUGCAUUCAAUGUAGCACUGCACUCCGACUCAAAUAACAAAGUCAUCUUCAUUUGCAACCGCCAUAGGUUGGAUUCCAAACCCCCUUUUCUUUCUCAGGGUAUUGACCCCUCUUCUCAUGUAUUCCACCGUAUACAGAUGAAGUACGUGAAUGAUGAUGAAGACAUUCGCAAGUACUUUGCUGCUUUCCACCUGUAUGAUACAUUGCCUGCAGCUGUUCUUAUUGAUGAUUUCGGAGAUUUCUUUGACAACAAGAUCUGCCAACAACGAUAUUCUAAUCCCCGCGGACGAGACAUGGCCAUGGUCAAGACGCUAGCCUUAUGCCACAAUGCAAUUACUUUUGCAAAUCAAAAAGGAUCUUGCAAGGUUCUCUUGUCAGAUACUCAUACCCACCAGAGAGACUCCCCAAGGUUUCACUUCAUCUAUAAGAAAUGGAUACAAACAACUUUUACUAUUAAAGUAUCCGGUGUUGCAGAGGGGGAUGUAUCUGGAUCAUUUAUUCUCAAAGAUAGGAGCCAUUCACCAACUGAUCACACAGCUACGAUUAAAGCAGCAGCAAAGUACUCCAUAGCUCUUCAAUAUCUGGUUUUUCAUGGACUUGUCGAAGAAGAUCAAUUACAAUAUAUCCAGAACUGAUUGAUACAUGUAACUGUGACAUAUAUUCUCUUGUUCCAUUUAACAAUAGACUGAACUCCGAUGCCCAGCACUAGUGUCAAAUCUUGGGUUAUGUGACAUCGGUUAAUUAUCAAGUGUAGAACAACCUGACCAGGUAUCCCUGCUGCUGAGUGUAUGUGUAUCUACUACUUGUAUACUUUUAACAAAAAAUAUUUGUGGAUACUCAAAUUUAUUUGAUAUCUAGCAAGAUAAAUGAGAAUAAUAGAUGAUAUGAUGUGAUA